AUGCCUCCUCGCAAUCGCAGAGAGCCUGUCGCCAGGGCCGGUAGAGGCGGCAACAGAAACGGCAACGACGCCGUCAACGCCAACGACGACGCCGACGCCAGCGCCGACGACAACGCCAACCAAGACGGCGCCCCCAAGCUGCUCAAGGACGGCAACACCUACAUCUACAGGCGGGUCCCCUUCGGCUUCCCGCCCUGGUACCUGGAGAACAGGGCCGAGUCGGCCACCGACCUGUGGGAUAAGCUGGCCGACCGAUACCGAUCCAUGAGCGCCAGGGUGAGAAACAUGAACAUCGCCGUGGACCAGAUGCGCGGCAUCAAGCGCCCCGCCAAACACGGGGACCGCGGCGACCGCCUCUUUCUCGACAAGAAGAUGCAGGACGCGGCAGAUGCCUUGAAGGAAUUUUCCGACCUUCGCAGGGGCUCACCCGUCACGCUCACCGAGAAGCCCAUGCAUCUCUUGGGCUAUGCUGAGGACAGCCUCUGGAUGGCCUUGGCCUGCCUUUGUAGGAUCCUUGAGGCCAGGAUGCCCAAGGACCUUGACGGUCCGGACAGGGAGUGGGAAGAGCGACUCAAGAAGCUCAUGGAAAACCCUGCUGUGUAA